UAUUUUCAUGUUCCAACAGAGGUUGCGGAUCUAAUAUUGCCAAACCAUCAGAAGAAUAUUUUUAUAAAGAUGCUAAUGUGUAUAUAGAAUAUGUGAAGACAAAAAAUCCAAAGCAUUUAUUUAUAUUUGGAAGUUCAAUGGGAGCCGCAGUAGCAAUUGACACGGCAUUAAAACAGCACGAUCAUAUAAGUGGAUUAAUUGUUCAGAAUGCAUUUACAAGUUUAAAGGAGCUCUCGAAAUAUUCUCAUCCAUUCCUUAAUUUUUUCUUAUUUGAUUAUGACAUGAUAAUAAGAAGUAAAAUGGAUAAUGAAUCAAAAAUUAAAAAUAUUACAGUACCAACUUUAUUUACCUUAUCUGAAAUGGAUGAAAAAGUACCAACAAGCCAUACAAGAACAUUGUUUCAGUUAAGUGCAAGUGCCAACAAACAACUAUAUUUAUCUAAGGGAGGAACACAUCCAAACAUUCUGAAAAAUGAUGAUGGUUCUUAUCACAAAUCUAUGAAGAAAUUUAUUGAUACUGCUAUUUCCAUAAGGGAAAAAAAUAUUCAAAAGGCAGCAGAAAGAAAUCCAAAUACACCUAAUUAA